GACUUCAAAAUGAAGCUUCUUUUUAUUAUUGGAGCAGUUUUGUGCUUAUUUUGCGGAUCUGAAGCUGUUUUACAAAAUUUGCCUGUAAAUGGAGUCCUUAAUAAUGUGGAUUUGCUUAAAAUUGCAAAUUGCGUGAAAUUAUUGGAUUCAAUUUUAGACCUUCCAUUGUUAAAUUUGCUUUUCAGUAGAUCAAAGUUUACAAAAGAUGAUCGAUUACAAUUUUGUUUACGGGAAACAAAAAAAAUCGAAAAAAUCAAUGAGAAUUCGAAGAAAAAUGGACACGGAUACAAAACCGAAACUAAUGCGAAUGUAUUUUUCGAUCCUAAAGAGCAAAAAAAGCGCACUGGAUUCCGACCUCAUGACAAAAAACCAAAAAAGAUGAGACGUUCGUUGGAAAGCGAGUUGGAAAAAACGUUGCAACCUCCUUUUUACGACGAUAAUUAUGAAGAAUGGGACUACAUGAGAGUUUCUCGAAAUACAAAAUCUGUUCCGAAAACGGUAAACAUCAGUUACCAACAAAAUCUUGGACCUGCUGAUGAUCAAGGACUCUGUGCCUGUUGUUACGCCUACACUUCCACGGCAUUAGUAGCGAAUUUCCUCUACAUGACGAACAAACAAAAAUAUUCCUUGUCCGAACAAGAGCUCGUUGAUUGCAGUGCUCGUCCCAAAUUUCCCGAAUUAUCAAAUAUGGGUUGCGAAUAUGGCCAUUUUGAUGAGUGUGCGAUCUAUUUAAAUGACAAGCGUGGAAUUAACCUCAAAGCAGAUUAUCCUUACGUGGGUUAUGAACAGUCCUCGUGUCAAGCUGUGGAAAAGAAAAAAGUUUUAAAAGAUUAUUUCGUCGAGUAUGUCCCGUUAGACUCGGAAUAUGAAGCUUACCAAGCACUUGCGAAGGGAAAUCUCGUCGCUACAGCCGUUUGUGCCAACGAUCAUGUCCGUUACUACAAAAGUGGCGUUUUGAAUGGACCUGCCUGCGAGUGUUCCGACGAUUGCCCGAAUCAUGCAGUGGUAAUUGUGGGCUUGGGUUACGAUACGAAGCUCGGAAUGCAUUAUUGGACUGUGCGAAAUAGCUGGGGAACGACAUACGGCGACAAUGGACACUUUAAAAUUCGAGCCUUUUCCAAUUGUGCGUGCAUCGGAUGGGAUUUGGGACAUUUUAAGUUCACAAAAAGAGCUUGAAUGAGUUUUUUCUGUAAAGAUAUGAAGAAAAAAUAUACCGACCAUAAGGUUUAUGCCCUAUGGGCGAAAAAGGGGUCAGAUUGAUCAAGGCCCCUGAUCCCUUAAGGGAUCAAUCUGACCCCUUUUUCGCCCAUAGGGUGCAUAAAAUAUUAUGUAAAGGAAUUUAUAAUCCA